CGUAGCUUCCUGUUUGGCUCCGUCGGGUGGCGGGAGAUCGCAGCAUGGCGGUGCAACCGAAGCAGAACCAGAACCCGUCCCUGGACGGCGCGGCCGAACACGGCUUUCUGAACUUCAUCUUCUCCAUGCCGGAGAAACCAGACACAACCUUCAGGAUGUUUGACCGGAACGACUACUACACCGUCCACGGGAAAGACGCCAUAUUUGCUGCCAAGGAGGUUUUUAAGACCAACGGAGUUAUCAAAUAUCUGGGCUCAGGGAGCCGUAAGCUGGAGAGCGUGAUCCUGAGCAAGAUGAACUUCGAGGCCUUUGUGAAGGAUCUGCUGCUGGUGAAGCAGUACCGAGUGGAGGUGUACAGGAACCACAGCAAGAGCAGCAAGGAGCACGACUGGAGGAUCGAGUACAAGGCCUCUCCAGGAAACCUGACCCAGUUCGAGGACAUUCUGUUUGGCGGAGGAACCGGAGGCGAGGGAUGCGCGGGAGUGGUCGCCGUGCGGUUUGCGACGGGAGCCGACGGACAGCGAGUGGUUGGGGUCGGCUAUGUGGACGCAGCCCAGAGGACCAUGGGGGUGUGUGAGUUUCCGGACAACGAGAUCUUCUCCAACCUAGAGUCUCUACUCGUCCAGAUCAGCCCCAAAGAGUGUCUCCUGGCUCAGGGAGAAUGCAGCGCUGAGGGGAACAAGCUCCGGGAGGUGGUGCAACGUGGCGGCGUUCUGGUCUCCGACAGGAAGAGAGCAGAGUUCAGCAGCAAGGACAUCGUCCAGGAUCUCAACAGGCUACUGCGAUCUAAGAAAGGAGAGACAGUGGCGAGCAACACGCUGCCUGAACUGGACCAGCAGGUGGCCAUGUCAUGUUUGGCUGCUGUGGUUCGAUUCCUCGAGCUUCUCUCCGAUGAGUCCAACUUCAACUCUUUUAGCCUCACAACGCUGGGACUGGGGCAGUACAUGAGGCUGGACAACGCCGCUGUCAGGGCUCUCAACCUCUUCCAGGGUUCGCCCGAUGACACCAAUGGAGCUCAUUCAUUGGCCGGUUUGUUGAACAAGUGCCGCACUCCGCAGGGUCAGCGGCUGGUCAACCAGUGGAUCAAACAGCCACUUAUGGACAAAACCAAAAUAGAGGAAAGACUGGACCUUGUGGAGAGUUUUGUGUGCGACUCAGAGCUGAGGCAGACUUGUCAGGAGGAUCUGCUGCGACGCUUUCCAGAUCUCCACCGCCUGGCCAAAAAGUUUCACCGUCACACGGCGACGCUGCAGGACUGUUACCGCGUCUACCAGGCCGUGAGUCACAUCCCCGCUCUCCUCACGGCUCUGGAGAGCUACUCAGGCAGCUACCAGGUGUUGCUUCACGCGGUGUUCACCUCGCCUCUCACUGACCUGCAGACGGAUUUCAUCAAGUACCAGGAGAUGAUUGAAACCACCCUGGACAUGAAUCAGAUCGAACACCACGAGUUCCUGGUGAAGGCGUCGUUCGAUCCCGUUCUGAGUGAGCUCAGGGAGAAGAUGGACGCCCUGGAGAAAAGCAUGCAGGCUGUGCUGAGCAGUGCAGCCAGAGAACUUGGCCUGGAAGCCGGUAAGACGGUGAAGCUGGAGUCCAACGCCGUGCUGGGCUUCUAUCUGAGGGUCACAUGCAAGGAGGAGAAGAAUCUGAGGAACAACAAGAAGUUCACCACGCUGGAUGUUCAGAAGAACGGCGUUCGCUUCACAAACAGCAAGCUGAGCUCUCUGAAUGAGGAGUACACCAGGAGCAGGGAGGAGUACGAGGAGGCCCAGAACGCCAUCGUCAAAGAGAUCAUCAACAUCGCCUCAGGUUACGUGGAUCCCCUUCAGACGCUGAGUGACGUCAUCGCGCAGCUCGACGCGGUGGCAAGCUUCGCCGUGGCGUCGGUGUCUGCUCCGGUUCCGUACGUCCGGCCCCGACUGCUGGACGACGGCCGCAGGCGUCUGGAGCUGCUGCAGGCCAGACAUCCCUGCAUGGAGACGGACGCGGACACCGCCUUCAUACCCAACGACAUCAGCUUCGUCCAGGGGCAGAAGAGCUUCUAUAUUAUAACAGGACCGAACAUGGGAGGGAAGUCCACGUUUAUCCGCCAGGUGGGUCUGAUCGCGCUGAUGGCUCAGAUCGGCUGCUUCGUGCCGUGCGAGAAGGCGGAGCUCAGCGUGAUCGACAGCGUUCUGGCCCGAGUGGGAGCAGGAGACAGCCAGGUGAAGGGAGUGUCCACCUUCAUGAGUGAGAUGUUGGAAACUGCCGCCAUCCUUCGCUCUGCCACGGAAAACUCCCUCAUCAUCAUCGACGAGCUCGGCAGGGGAACCUCUACGUACGACGGCUUCGGGCUGGCCUGGGCCAUCAGUGAACACAUCUCCUCCAAAAUCAGCUGCUUCUGCCUCUUCGCCACUCACUUCCACGAGCUGACCGCCUUGGCGGCACAGCAGCCGGCUGUCCACAACCUGCACGUCACCGCCCUGACGACCCACAACACGCUCACAAUGCUGUACCGAGUCAAACCAGGUGUGUGUGACCAGAGCUUUGGGAUCCACGUCGCUGAGCUGGCCUGCUUCCCCCCGUCGGUGCUGGCCGCGGCGAGGGAGAAGGCGGAGGAGCUGGAGGAGUUCCAGGAACCUGCGGGGGACGAUUCGAAGCGGGACGAAGAGCCCGAGGUCAAGAGACGGCGGACAGAUAAGCAGGUGGGAGAAAACCUGAUCCAGGACUUCCUGGAGAAGGUAAAGGCACUUCCUGUCGCCACCAUGACUGAGGAGGAGGUGAAGGCAGAGCUCAGGAGAAUAAAGCAGGACUUGGUGGCCAAAAAUAACAUGUACAUCAGUGAGAUACUUGCCCGCUGCGCUCCAGUAAAAACUGCCUGACUUUUGACAUUUUUUUCUGAAUCAUGUUCAUCUCCAUGCUUCACCUAAAGCUCAUGUAGGAACGACACUAGAGCGCCAAUAAUCUGUAAGUUUUUCAAUAAACGUUUCAUGUUUCUUUGAAUUUGAAGCUGAUUUUUGAUUCAAAGAAAGAAAGCCAGAGCUAUGUGGGGUUAAGACGUUGCAUCGCCCUGACCUGAUUGUUGCUGCCUGGGCUCGUUUUCAUCUGAUCUGCGUUUCCAGGAAGCCAAGCGUCAUAUACGGCAGAUAUAGGGCAGAUAAAGAAUAAGCAUGUCUGAAGGCUUGCCACCGUCAUCUGGCGGCUGUGAACAUUGUUCAUGUAUAGGGUUUUGGUGUCAAUGUUUCCUCUGUUGAUCGCAUUCAGUAAAACUGCAGCACGGGUUUUAUGCGUGUGGAAUUGAGAUUAUCCCUAAAGCGAUCUGAUUUCAUGCGGAGGAGAAACAUGGCUGAGUUUCUUCGACAUACUCUUGGUGAGAAGAUACAAGCAAAGGUUGUGUUUGAGUUGACCUCACUUUGUUUAAGGUUUUUGUGAAUGUGUUUAAACCUUAAGGAUUAUAUCUAUUAUUUUUUUCUCGAAGCCAGUUUGUUAUAUAAUCUGUUUUAUUCCUUUCAAAGCAGAAAAAACUGUUGAUCCACAACAAUGUGGAGUGUUAGGUUGCAUUUCUUGGAUUUAUUAAGGGACAUGCAUCCACCACUAGGUGGUGCUAGAUCUGCUGCGUUUUCUUCUGACAAAAAAAAAAGCCCUUCCGAAAUUGUUUUUAUUUUAGUUUUUUUCUCAACAGUUUAGAUUGUGGAGUUUGAGUUUCUGGGUUUAAAAGUCUCUAUUACUAAACCGACCAUUACUUUUUACGACAUUCCACUCGGUUCUCAUCUGCUUUUGGUAAAAGAUUGGUGUAAAAGCGCGUUUUCCUUUAAAUUAGGCGACAAAGCCAAAGCAACCAGGGUUGAUCAGAUGCCACAAUGCAUUUAACAAGCAGCUAAAAAUAGAUGUAUGCAGACUAAUCAGUCUCACUGAAUGCUCAGAUUUGUGGCAUGAAUUUUGUGUUGCAUAAUAUUUGAGCAAAAUUGUGGGAUAAGUGAAUGUGUGGUUUGAUUAACUUUGGUUGUACUUUUCCAUCGUGUCUAAUAAGGAAGCCGUGUGAUUCAGGUGUUGCCCUAAAAACGUCCACAAGUUCGACUCCAAUUAACUAAAAUGUGUCGGUGAACUAUACAUAGUUAACUGACAAAUAUUGCGUUAUUACGGUAAUUUCACCCCUGCCAUAACAUGGAAUGAAAUUAAUCUGAGGGACAUUUUUAAUGGACGGUACAUAAAGAAAAUGACUUCCCCGCUAUUGAAAGUUCCAGUUAUUGAUAAAUGGCCAAAUAUAUUUACUCCGAAGACAUUUAAAGAACUACAUACAAUUAAAAUAAGCAAAAAACAUUCAGGUGGAGAUUUGAAAUUUAGGACAUAAAAUGUUAAAGAAAAAGCAAUGAUUUUGCUAAAUCAUCUCUGUUUAUUAUAACCCACCUAAAACAGGAGAGAUUUUGUUUCGUUUAAGUUCAGUUUGGCUGUAGCAAAUGUUAAAGGGUUUGGAUUUGGAUUUGCCUCAUUUGGAUUUGUACCAAUCCAAAUGAGGCAGCCACAAACCGAGAGCUUCUCAGAAUUGAGUUUUGGGUUUUUAUGGUAUUUUGUUUUGCCACCCGGAGCAUAACCCACUUGGAUGUAAAUCCCUGCUUUGUGCCGCUCUGGAGCAGGUCUGUGUCAAAGCAAGCAUGUUCAGCUGAUCCGACAUUUCCAAGAAGCUGGUCGUAAUUCAAAUUCUGCCCGGAAUAACGAGGCGUGAUGGCGACCCCGCAGGCCCGUCGCUGGUGGUCGCCGCCAUCGCUAUCUGGUCCCAUCGACUCGUUCCCGUCACGCUUUUCCAGCGUCAACCUUGUGUUCUCCAUUGUUUCCACUGUUGGUCACGUUUCAUAAAAUUACAACACGAGUUUCACUGCGUGGAAUUGAAGUUACACCCCAAAGACCUGUGACUCGAUGCACAGAACAGAGGCGGUUUAGUUCCAUCUGUAAAGCACAUUAAGAAAGCAAACCACAACGUUUUGACCUUCUUCUCGCAUUAUGUUUGGUUUCCCAUAAUUUUCUUUCAGUCAUGUUCAAUAAAGUUGAAAUCACCAAGUGAAACAUGUAGAUUACAGACUGUUUUGAAACCUUUUUUUUUUUUUACCCGAUUUCCUGCUGCCAGCCGAUGAAAACAUGACUUAA